UGUGACUUGUGACGUGCGGAUGCGCAGGCGCAGGAGCUGGAUGGAACACAGGGAUGCGGAGAUCAGAGACAGUUGGGCGGUACGGUCGGACUGUUGACCUCUCUAUUUUUGUACCAUGGUUGCCUGUAAUUGGCCUGUGAUUGGAUCCUAAUGGCUUAGUACGGCUGCUCUUAAAAGCAAUUGCCAAUCUUGCAUGACCUAGCACCCACUGCUGAAUAGUUGGAGUAGCUGUACUAGCUUUCACCCAUCCGACUAUGGGUACUCCAGGCUUGAAAGCAGACUGCGAAACCAUCCUUGGCCGGUUCCAAGAGACGGACAGUGUUCGCUUUGAGGAAUUUGCAGCAAUAUGGAAGGAUAUGAAGUUUUCUCACAUAUAUUUUGGUGGCAUGCGGAAUUUAGAAAUGAGUAAAUUCGCAAGAGAGGCCUUAUCCGUUGCUUCCCACUACUUCCUGCCUCCUUAUACCUUUCAGAUACGGGUGGGAGCCCUGUAUUUAUUGUAUGGCCUAUACAACUCACAGCUUUGUCAGCCCAAACAAAAGAUAAGAGUUGCACUGAAGGAUUGGGAUGAUAUUGAAAAAUUUUAUCAGGAUCUAAUUGGUGCACAACAUUUAGAUGCAGCUUACAUCAUGAGGCAGUUGCGCCUAAGCAGAGCCUUCCAUUUCACAGGAAUGGCAGAAUUUCUGACUUUCAGAUCACAAAGAAACCAGCCCCGUCAUGUGGGGAGAGAAGAGUUUAAGGAUGUCAGAGACAGAGUGCAAGAUCUAGUUACAUCUGAAACACUGGAGGAAAUGCUUAAUAUCCAUGAGCACUAUCAGAAAACCAAAUGCUUGAUUUCUGCUGAUAAGUCCCAACCUGACCGGUCACUGAGUUUGGUUAAAGAAGACUAUGUGCCAAAUCUAAAACAACUACUAUCAGAGCAUGUGACAUGGAAGCUGGAGAAAGGGAAGCCAAGGACUAAAAAUGAUGAUGAAAAAGAAGAAAAUGAAGAAGAAAAAGAAGCCACUUCACAGGAAUCAGAAAAAGAGAGUUCAGAAAGAGCUAAAACAUUGGCCAGAAUAAAGUCCAAAUGCUAUGGUGCUGUUACACAGGCCCCCAAGUCUAGACGGCAUCGUCAGGUCCUGAUGGCAUCAUCUGAGUCAAGUUCUGACUGUGGAGGUAAAAAUACACAGAAGAGUAAAAGAAAAAGAAGGGUACCUAGGAAGACAGGAACAUUAAAAGGUGCCAAGCUUGGAAAGCUUACAAAAAAGGCUUCCCAGUCUAAAAAGAAUAUGCCCACCAUUCCUGAGGAAGAUUCCACUUCAAGUAGCAGUGAAGAUAAUUUUGUCCCAAAACGUACAAGAAAAAAUUAAAAAAGAAGCUUGGAAAUAAAUGGAAAGUUUAUCUUGAACAGGACCAAACUGUGACCCAUGCUAGAGAUAAAACAUCAGUAAAAUGGAAUGACUUGGUGAAGCAUCUGUUUGAAAUGUUUGACUCCCUGCACAACUGGAUAGCUCUUCAGUGCUACUUUUGUACUGGUUUUAUUUGUUAUUACUGAAAAUAUAAAAUAUUGUCAUACAGUUGUACCCUGCACAAGUAAUCAUUUCACUGUUCUACAAGCAUAAUGUACAUGAUGCACCAAUUUCUUGAAAUGAAAAUGAAAGUGGUUAGGUGGCUUUGUGCUCUAAUGAAGGUGCUCUAUUGUGUGUGGUCAGUAUGUACCAAACUGUAUAAUGUAAUGUAAAAUUUGCUCAAAUUGCUCUUCUGGGCAAUUAACAUAUUUUUCUUCCACUUUAUUUUUUUUUAGACUUAUGUUUUUACACUGCUAAUAUUAUAAAUGUGUAACAGGAGCGAAUCUGGCUGUUCUAGGCGAGGGCAGUUAAAGUUGGUUAAUGAUGGUGGGCAGUUGAACGGAGCGUAGAAGCAUCUGGAGACACAUUCUGCACUAGUAACUUAAAGGAACAGUAACACCAAAAAAUGAAAGUGUAUCAGAGUAAUUAAAACAUAAUGUACUGUUUCCCUGCACUGUUUUGUAUCUCAGAAACCCAAAUAUAGUUUACAUAAACAAAGUUGCUGUGUAGCCAUGGGGGCAGCUAUUCAAAUUAAAAUAAGGCUAAAUGACACAGGUUGCAUAGCAGAUCUGUAAAACACCAUUGUAUUCUACUGAGUUUAUCUGUUAUCUGCUAUGUAACCUGUGCUUUUUCUACUUUUUCCAGCUUGAAUAGCUGCCCUGUGGCUAUACAGAAGGGCGAUUAUAUAAACUGUAGCACUGUUUCUGAAGCAAGCAGAUAUUUUACCAGUGCAGGACAGCAGUACAUUAUAUUUUAAUUACUUUAAAACACUUUUUUUUUUUAAUGUUUUUUUUUUUUUGAUGUUACUCUUCCUUUAACCUUUUUUUUCUGUAGGUCCCUUGCCCAGGCAGAACAGCAGGGGGCACUCCUGUUACAGAUUUAUUAUAUAGCAGUGUGAAAACAGAUAGUGAAAUAAAAAACUAAUAAUGUCCAUUGCAAAAGUACUCAAAAGAGCACUCUGAGCAAUUGCACAUUGGCACACAGGUGGGUAUAAGGGCAUUUAUAUUCUCUAACUCUUAAGGACAAAAGAAACAACAGAAAUUGCAAAAAAAUGUUGUAAAGCAGCAAAUAAAUAAGCAAAGACAGAAAACAAGGAAAUAACUGCAAAGUAAGACCAAGCCUUGAAAAAGUAUGUAGAGCAUUUGUAGAUUUCUAUUGAUAUAGCACUACUCAUGUACUCAGUGCUGUAGUUUUCUUGCAAUACAUUGUGUGCAUAGGUAGAGCUUUCAACCAAUUUUUAAAAAAUUGAAAAUAUAAAAGCUUAAGUGCCAAUUAAAGAUACACAAAAAAAAGAGGAGGCCCCAUACAACCUACAGUCCUUGUGGGUAAUUUAUAGACACUAAUGGUAGUGCAAUAACCUAUGAGUGACAAGACUAAAUCAUAUUUCAUGCUAGAGCUCCAAGAGGCAGUAGUUUGGUUUGGAGGAAUUCUGGGAUGGAAUUUGAGAUCAAAAACAGAGAAAGGUUUAAUGCUGAAGACAGUAAUUUACAUUAGUUAGUGAUUUGUUCAGCAGCCUCUAGUUCCAGCAACUGUUUGGUGGUUGGGUUCAAUUUACUUUAGGAACCAGGCAGUGGUUUGAAUGACUAGAAGAUGAAUAGGAGUGGGACUAAAUAGAGAGAUGAGUAAUAAAAAGUAACAUUUUAUAUUGCAAGCUGGGAACAAGAAGAAGAUGACAAAUAAUUCAACAUUUCCAAUAAUCUCUACAAAUGUAAGACCUAAUGAAAAAAGUUGCUAAGAAUAAGCUAAAAGUUAGCUUGAAGGCAGGUCUGGAUUGGCAGUUUGGAUUCUGGCCAGAGGGGGUGCUGUAAGAUGCCAUAGACAGUCACUAUUUAGUGGGCUGGAGGGGGGCUGUUUGGGCCUUUGUGUACUUGGAAUGCCAGGGCCUAUUUUGAAUCUGUCUUUGUGCCCCAUAAUGUGAGAGUUAUAAUGCUGUAAAUAUGUUUAUAUUUAGAUUUUUGCACAUUGGGUGAAUAAAUAUCUGAUAAAAGAUUAUUGCAAUUUA